CCCACUAGUGCAUUAGGAGAUUGCGCCCUACUAUGCCCAGACUCGGUGUGCGAGAGCAUUUGAGAGCGUGAGCGCACCAAACGUUGGCAGGCAGUCAGUGAAACCGUUACAAACUUACCGUUACCCUGCGACAAUCGCAAUUAUUAUUCAAUUGGCAUUUGAUGACAACACUCGGGAUAACGGGACGGCUGGCUACACAGCAAACCAGCAGUUACAGAGCAACAUAACUAAACAACAACAACAACAAGAACAAACUAAAACAUUAACGCAGACAGCAAGCGCCUCUUAGUGUGUGUGCGCGUGUGUUAGUGGGCGUUGGGCGCACCACUUUGCUUGUUGUUGCUGCAACAAACUCGACAAUUCAUCGGCGUCGCCGUCGCCAAACACUACUCGUCCUCAUCGGGUGCGCGUGAGCGCCGACUCUUCGCUGCCGACCGACUGCUGGCGCUUGUGACGCUGUGUUGGCCAUAUUUCAUAUGACAGUGUGUGUUGUGGCGGCCAACAGCCAGCAGCUGGCUGUAGCAACAGAAAAGCUUAGCUAAAGCGUUAAGUGUACGGAUUUUCCAUAGGUUGUAGUGUAGACGCCAUUUUUUCACUCAGCCAACGCGCAAGUGUGUGUAUGUGUGUGUGUGAAACGCCGCUGUACAAGUGUAUGCGUGUUUGGGUUCUAAGGAAAAAUAUCUAUAUAUUUUAUUAACGGCAGUGGUGCAAGCUUGCAGCACAGCACGCCGCUGCGCUCAUAAGGAGGAACACACGGCACAAUGCGGAACACUUACUUUGGUUUUGGUAGUGUAAUGGCAAAAGUGACGGGUAACGGUAACGGCGUCGGAGUCCGAAAAAAUAACGGAGUCUGAGUGCGAGUCGAUGAGACGCUAUAACGGUGCCACACAAAACGUUUUCUGCGGCAAAGUGUGAGAAAAAAUUUGUGUUGUGCACAGAAAAAAAAAAGAAAAAGAAAGCAGAAAAAAAUCUGAAGUAAAAAUACUGUCAAAGAAAAACGGCAUUGGGUGGCACACACAAAGCGGCUGCCUGCCUGCCUGCCUGCUGUAGGCGCCACAAACGCUGGUGCAUAAAGUUGGUGUUUGGCAUUUUUUAUUUUAUUUAUUUUUAUUUAGUUCAACAAAGCAAAGCUUGCAAUAAUUCUUGAAGUGCAGCAAAGGCAUUGCCCACCAAAUAGAAUAGUGUAAAAAUUUUGCAGGCGCGUGGCAAGGACGACAGCAGCAAACAUGUCUUUGGCGAUGUUGUUUUCGACGACCCGUAUUUGUAGUUGUAGCAGCAUUGCAACGCGCACAUUCGAUAAGCCAUGGCAACAUUAAUACCGUCCUCAAAUGUUGAGGCCGCUUAUGAAGAUAUGUUUAAAGAAAUCACAAGAAAAUUAUAUGGGGAAGAGACCGGAAAUGGUUUACAUACAUUGGGCACACCGGUUGCGCAGGUGGCGACCACGGGGCCUACAGCACCCGAAGGCGAACGCUCAUUCACGAAUUUGCAGAUUGAUCGCAGCGCUGCGCCCACCAUCGAAUACGAGAACAAUGCCGCUAAUGCAGUCAAUGCAGCGGCAACAGCUGCUGCUGCUGCGGCGGCGGCAAAUGUUGUAAUCCAACAACAACCCGAGGGUUCUGUGGUCGUCGCCACAACAGGCGGUAAUUUCAAAUCGGAAGACCACUUGAAUACGGCUUUUGGCCUGGCGGCGCUAAUGCAAAAUGGUUUUGCUACCACCAACGCCACUGGCAACGGUGGUACGGAUCAGCAACAACAACAACAACAACAGCAACAGCAGCAACAACAACAACAGCAGCAGCAGGCACAAAUUGUACAGUGGUCGACACCGACGGCAACAGGUGGUAAAUUGCAGAGUUAUACGGCUGCCAAUCAACAGCAACAACAGCAGCAGCAACAACAACAACAACAAAUGCAGCAACAAGUUGGCACAUCAAAGUCAAAAUCUAAAAAUCGCAACGAUUCUACCACCGAAGUGAUCUACACUAGUCCUUCAACCUCCGGCAACACCAUGAAUGCCGGUCAGAACCAACAGCAGACCACACCUACAACAUCGAACAGCAGCGGUACGGUCACCAGCUCAAGUGGUGGCAAUAGUCGUAAGAAGUCACACAACAACAACAACAACAACAGCAACAACUCUCAUAACAACCACCAAAAUGGCAAUAAUGCCAACAACAACAAUGGCGGUGUACAAGUGCAAAAGCGUUACGCCUGCACCCACUGUCCGUACUCCACCGAUCGGCGAGAUCUUUACACUCGUCACGAGAACAUACACAAAGAGGAGAAGCCCUUCCAGUGCUUCGCUUGCCUCAAGCAAUUCAAUCGGGCCGAUCAUGUGAAGAAGCAUUUCCUGCGCAUGCAUCGCGAAUUGCAGUAUGACAUCAAUAAGACGCGACGUCACGUACCCUCGAGCACGUCCAAUAAUGGUGGCGCCGGCGGCAAUCAGCAUGCUGGCGGUCGUGGCAACGUCACCAUCACUUCGGCAAAUACACAACACACAAACAAUACGAUCAACAGUUGUGGCUCACCCGAGCAAAAACCGAACAUCAUAUUCCAGGGCACGAACGUACAACUGGACAAUGCAUUCCUGGAAGCGCAACGCCAACCGACAUCGUCGAGCAUGAGCAUUGCGGAGACCAUCGAGGCGGUGGCCAGGGCUGCCGACGCACCCCUGCCACAACUCAAGCAGGAGAAGCAAGAUGACAUCGCUGUCGGUGGUGGUGUCGCCGGCGCUAAUGGUGGCAUUGUUUGCAACUCUGGCGCUGCUAGUGGCAACCUGAAACCGAAGCGUGAGAAACGUUUCACCUGCUGUUACUGUCCGUGGUCCGGCGCGGAUAAGUGGGGCUUGAAGCGUCAUCUGAAUACCCACACAAAACCGUUCGUCUGCCUGCUGUGCGACUACAAGGCGGCGCGCUCCGAACGCCUGGCCACUCAUGUGCUGAAAGUGCACAACAAGCGCGCCUGCAACAAGUGCUCCUUCCUCGGCGACACGCAGGAGGAGUUCCAAGCGCACAUCAACGAAGUGCAUCAUACAACAAAUAGUGGUGGUGGCGGCGGUGGCAGCUCAUCCACUUCCAGCAAUCAAGGUGGCAACGUUGGCGGCGGUGGUUCGGUAACGAUUUACACCACAACAACAACAAAUGAUAAUGGCAGCGGUAAUAUUACCGGCGGCCCCCUACAGGAAAUCAUUGUAAACCCCACAUCGAUGGUGGGUUGGCGUCUGAGCGCCAAUGGUUCGCUAAUACCGCCGCACGAACUACUCACCGGCGGUUUACCGAAUGCGGCCGCGCAGAAACGCGGCUCAGAGCGAUUAUUUCAAUAUCUUGAGGCAGACGGAAGUGAUCCGGAAGACUAUGCGCGCCUACUAAAAAUGGACGCCAUCAGUCGCAAUACCGCUUCAGUCGCUCAGGAUUUUCAUAAGGCGGGAGGCGUGCAAGAGUUGAAAAUGCCAGCUAAUCAUCAACUCCUGUUCAAUAAUAAACUGCCUUCACAAUGGACGACCAAAGAGGCUGCGGCGCUACUCCAUUCCCUAAGCAACAACAGCAACUUUGCCAGCUAUCAGCAACAACUGCAGCUGCAGCAACAGCAGCAGCGUAUGAAGUACCACAACGGCAGCAACAACAUUAGCAAUCAUAUGCGUCGGCGACAACACUCGACGGGUGACGAUGAGAAUACACCAUCGUCUGCCUCAUCGACCGCAUCGUCGAGCGAUGGUGGCGCAUCACCGUUGAAAGGUGGUAGACAGUAUACGACUAGCGCUGCAACAGCAGCAACAACAAACGGCAGCAGUUACAGUAAUAGUGAGCAGAGAAAGGCGAUGUCGGCAUUCUUGAGCGAAAACUUCGAUUUGCAGGAGACAACAGAGAGUGCAAUCGAAAUGAUGGCGGCCGCAGCUGCAGCAGCAACGGCGGCUAGCAGCAGUAACAAUAACAGCAGCAACAACAAGCGCAAAUAUCAGCAGCAUCUGGACAAUGAUGAAGAUCAAGAGAAUCAAGAGCAGCUUAUUAGAUCGCCUCCCGCGUAUAACAACAACAACAAUAACAACAAACAAAACAACCACAACCAACAUACGAGAACACGAACGCUCAACCAACGUACCACGAAUGCCGCGCACAACAACAACCGCGAACAUCGUCUUGAUCUGCUACACUCGGAUCGCGACAACAAGGAGAACAACAAGCAAAACGCUGCUGCCACCUUCCUCACCAAUAUGGAGUAUCAGAAUUUGAAUAAGGUCAGCACGCAUAUACAAAACUAUGUCAAGGACAUAAUCAAUAAGUAUUACGCCGAGACGCCGCUCAUGUACCCGGCGAUGCCAACGCCAACGGAGACCGCGCAUGAGAGUCAACAACCCGCGGAACUGCAGGCAAAACCCGCACCCUCACAACGCAAGCGCAUGCUUAGCGAGACAGAGGAGUACAUCGAGUAUUUGCGCAACAAAGAGGACAUAACGCUGACCAUCACGCCGAAGGUGGGCAGUACGCACAAGCAGCGCCACACUAGCACCUCACAACAAUCCAACCAGCAAAGACAGAGUCCCGCGCGACAAGCGUUGUUGGCCACACCAGCCGUCACGCUGGCGCCUAUCGCACCCAUCAUGUCGCAGCCCCAACCUAUGCAACCGCUGCAGCCACAGCCAGCGCAAACGCCGUCGCAGUCACAGAAGCCACCCAGCAAGCGCCGCAAGUCGCUUUCACAAAUAGCCACCUUGUUGCCCUUGCUGGCGGACGCCGCCUCGCAGCAGCAGUAUCUCACCGCGCCACUGGACUUCAGCAAGAAACCCACGCAUGCCGACGAGGCCACAGCCGCACCCACAACUAUGCCCACAUCAACUGCGCAGCCCGCCGUCGCCGUGUUGCCAAAGGCCGCGCAGGUCUCCGUUAUACAAACGGCACCCACGCAACCGCAGCUAGCACAACAACAGAGCGCCGCCAAUGACAAGCGUUCGUCGCGCAAGCAAGCGCAGCCGAAGAAAAUACGCGCGCCGCCAGAGGUGAUAGUCGCCAUGCUGCGCGACAAGUACUUGAACCGCAUGGUGGAUCACAAGCUGAGCUGCCGCGCGUGCGCACAAGAUAAGCGUCGCGCCGCCGCAAUGCUCGUCUUCAACUACCACACAAAGGGUUCGCUGGCGUUGCACAAACACUGGAAGCAUCGCGCGAAGAAGCAACGCUGUGGCCAUUGCAUGCAGGCCUUCAAGCAGAGCAGCAGCCUCAUCGUACAUACUGUGCGCGCUCACCCCAAUGUAGUGCAGAAGCAGCGCCGUGGUGUGAAGAAAGUGUGUGACAAGUUGAAGCAGCAACAAAAGAAGAGAGACAAGCAGCAGCGUAGACUGGCGAAAAAGUGCAAGAAGACGGCGUUGAGAACGUAGAGCGGUGCUGUCAGAUACGCGCUGGUGUUUGAUAAUUGAAUUUGGCAGUUUAACUUGUGUGUGUGUAAACUGAUAUUAUACCAGCUUAGCAACUUAUGCCAGGUUGAAUUGAAUCUUAGUGGGUGUAAAUUGAUUAUUGAGUGGGCGCUGCAUUUGUAUAUUAUUUCACAGCGCCGCACACUCGGGUAUUCGUUGCAAGCAUUCAAUGGUGACGCAUUUUAAAAAACUUAAAUUUUCUAGUGAAAUGUGUAUUAUUAGUUUUUAGUCUUACGCAUCGGUUUUGAUAUUGUUGUUGUUGUAGCAUACAUAAAACAUUCCUGUAAUAAGUCAUGUCAGGGUACUGUACUUGGCAGGGCAUAAAUCCCUAUAAGUUUACUUAAAAGGUGCUGGUAACGGGUUUUAUUUCAUCAGUUCAGCUGUUGAUUUAAAUAUUGUAUGCGAUUUCGAAUUUAAUUUUUUACUUUCUAUUGUCGCAGACAAAGUCAUAAAGUAAAUGUAAAUAUUACUUUUGAAUAUUUUGUAUAUUUUCUUGAUUAUAUUUUCAUUAAAUUGCUAUUUAUUUCUUUCAUAUUUUAAAGUAUUAUAAUUAAAUAUUCUUUUGUAGAAAAUUUAAUAAUUUUGUAUUGAAUUUAAACUUAAAAUCUUAUAUUUUUUAUAAUCAAUGCGGUGUUACAAUUAUAAUACCGUUACUUAAACGGUAUACCGUCUUAAUAAUAAAAACCAAUAAACAAAAAAUAAUUUUCAUUUCUUAUUUUUAUUUUUAAUUGUUUUUUGAAUCAUAAAAAAUAUAUGUUUUUUUUUACAUGCUUUGAACUACCAUUUUUGAGGUUUCUGAUUCAAUUACACUUGUGUAAAGAAAAAUUAAAUACAAUAUAUAAAUUCAUAUUUAAUACAAAUAUAAUUUAAUUAUUAUUUAGCAUAUUAAGCAUUUUUUUUAUAAUUUUUCUCAUACAAAAUUUGUAAAUACCAGCAAUGCAUAAAAGCACAACAUUUUAAAUCGAAUACUCGAGCCAUUUAUUUUAGAUAUUUUUGAUGAUUAUGAAACGCUAAAAGACGUACUAUAAUUUUUACACAAUAAAAAGCUACUUAAUUCAUAUGAAAUAUUUAUUAAAGUAAAUAUUUUAUUGUAUUUUAAAUAAAGUGAAAAAAUACAGUCACACACAAAAUAAAUGCAUAUGCGUUUAAAAUUUUUUAAUAUUUUCCUAUAAUUUGUUUCAAUUGCUACAAAAUGUACGAAUCUAAGUUACUUACUUUUAAGUUAUAAUGUACCUGAGCUAUGUUUUCUCUUAAAACUUAAACUAAACAAAAAAAAUGAAAACUGCUAAUGCAGCGCAUAUACAUAUGUAUUACAUUAAUAUUCAAAAUGUGUAGAUUAAAACAUUUCAUACUUAAUUAAAUUAAAUUAUAUUCUAUUAUUAUUAAAUUAAAUUUAAUUAAAUUUGUUAAUGCUAAUAAUGAUUACAAAAUACACAAGUAUCUAUUGCCUAUGUAUAGUUAUAGUUAAUGUUUAAACGAAGCUUUAAUUUGCCAACUUCAUUGAUAAAAAAAAAUAUUUAAAAAUAAUUUAGAUACUUUAGCGAAAGUAUUGACCUCAUUAGCUAUUUAAUUUCAUAUAAAUAUUAAUUUAUUAUUUUGCUUUAUAUAAAAAUAAAGAUGAAAAGCAAAAUGAUAAAUUUAUGUUGCCAUUUGUCAACAGAAAGUAUAUAAACACACACAAACAAUUACAAAAAUACAGCAUAAGUAACAAAAAAUUUUAAAACUAAAGCAAAAUAUGGUUAGGUUAGUUCACCUAACCUAACCUAAAGCAAAAUAUGACAAAACUCAACACAAGUUUACUGCAGAGAAUGCCACUUUGUAUACCAAAUACUCAAUAAUAUGCCAAGGCACUAAUUUCUUUAGCGCCAACUUGCCACAAAUGCAGUUUGACGGAAACUAACCUAAAAUUGCAAAGAAAGAAAAAACACGAAAACAAAAAUCAUAAACAAUUUUAAGUAAAAAAAUUGUGAAUUCCAAAGCUACACUGCUUUAUACUCAUUCGAUUGCCUUAUUUUUACAUUUUUAUUAAAGCUAAUUUAUUAUUAAUUAAUUUUAUUAUUAUUAUAUAAAUUGUAUGCUUUAAGUCACCUUUAAGUCGCCUUUUAUUGCUUAAAAUAUGCUUUAGUUGAUAUUAAAAAAAUAAAAAUAAAAAAUACACGCAUGUAUGCAACAAUUCUCAAACUUAGUGAUUUUAACUCAUUAUACACAAUUUAGUAAGAAAAAUACAAAAACAAAAUUUAAAAGAAAGUAUAAACUUGAUGUAUGUAGCACUUAGUAAGCGCAAGACGGAACGCGAAUGUAAUGGACUGAAAAUUAACAACAAAAAAACUUUAACUAAAACUAAACUUAUAUUAAAGCAAAAAAGAAU